GCAACUCAGCAACUCUUCAACAUACAGCAGAGACAACGGGAAGUCACAGCACCAGAGCAGCACAGCAGAGCUGCAGAAGCCACUUGCUGAGAAGAACUGGAAACUGAUGGAGGCUGACACGGUGAAGACUGGCAGGGUGAAGGCAACAGUGUACUGGGACUAUAUGAAAGCAAUUGGACUCUUUAUCUCUUUUUUGAGUAUUUUCCUUUUUAUGUGUAAUCAUAUAGCCUCCCUGGCUUCCAACUACUGGCUAAGUUUAUGGACGGAUGAUCCUGUUAUCAAUGGGACACAGCAGUACACAAAUGUCAGACUGGGGGUGUAUGGAGCACUGGGGAUUUCUCAAGGUAUUGCUGUGUUUGGCUACUCGAUGGUUGUGUCAAUAGGGGGAAUAUUUGCUUCACGACAUCUGCAUCUCAACCUGCUGCACAAUGUCCUCAGGUCUCCAAUGAGUUUCUUUGAACGUACACCUAGUGGAAAUCUGGUGAACCGUUUCUCUAAGGAGAUAGAUACCAUUGACUCCACCAUUCCACCAAUCAUCAAGAUGUUCAUGGGCUCAACAUUUAAUGUGAUUGGGGCUUGUAUCAUCAUUCUGCUGGCCUCACCUAUAGCCGCUGCCAUUAUUCCACCUCUGGGACUUGUCUACUUGUUUGUGCAGAGAUUUUAUGUGGCCACUUCUCGUCAGCUCAAACGCCUUGAGUCUGUCAGUCGUUCUCCUGUAUAUUCUCACUUCAAUGAGACUCUGCUGGGAGUCAGUGUCAUUCGAGCCUUUGAGGAGCAGAAGCGUUUCAUAAAGCACAAUGACAUGAAAGUGGAUGAAAAUCAGAAAGCUUAUUAUCCAAGCAUUGUUGCAAACAGGUGGCUGGCUGUCCGUCUGGAGUAUGUGGGGAACUGCAUUGUUCUCUUUGCAGCGUUGUUUGCAGUGAUGGCACGCGACAAACUCAGUGCAGGACUGGUUGGCCUCUCAGUGUCCUACUCACUGCAGAUUACAGCAUACUUGAACUGGCUAGUUCGCAUGUCGUCUGAGCUGGAAGCCAACAUUGUUGCUGUAGAAAGAGUGAAAGAAUACGCUGAAAUGGAGAAGGAGGCUGAAUGGAGUAUUGAAGAAACCGCUCCAGCGAGUACCUGGCCUGAGGAAGGGAAGGUUGAGUUUCGAGGCUAUGGUUUACGUUACCGAGAAGACUUGGAUUUGGUUCUGAAAAACAUAAAUGUUACCAUAAAUGGAGGUGAAAAGAUAGGAAUAGUUGGAAGAACAGGAGCUGGAAAAUCCUCCCUUACUUUAGGUUUGUUUCGAAUUAAUGAAGCAGCUGAAGGAGAAAUUAUUAUUGAUGGAAUUAAUAUUGCAAAGAUUGGGCUCCAUGAUUUGCGGUUCAAGAUCACCAUCAUCCCUCAGGAUCCAAUACUGUUUUCUGGCUCUCUGCGUAUGAAUCUUGAUCCUUUUGACCAACACUCUGAUGAAGACAUUUGGAGGUCUUUGGAAUUGGCUCACCUGAAAAACUUUGUAUCAUCCCUUCCUGAUAAACUUAAUCAUGAGUGUGCUGAAGGUGGAGAGAACCUCAGCGUGGGACAGCGCCAGCUGGUGUGCCUGGCACGAGCUCUGCUCAGGAAGUCCAAAAUCCUGGUUCUAGAUGAAGCCACAGCUGCUGUUGAUCUUGAAACAGAUAAGCUUAUACAGUCAACAAUAAAGUCUCAAUUUGAAGAAUGCACUGUGUUAACUAUAGCACAUCGUCUGAACACAAUCAUGGACUACACAAGAGUUUUAGUCCUGGACAGAGGUGAAGUGGUGGAGUGUGACAGCCCAGACCACCUACUUCAGGAAAAAGGCAUUUUCUAUGACAUGGCCAAAGAUUCAGGCUUGGUGUAGCAUUUGAACUUGGUCAGUCAGAGUGGGGAAGAGAGGGAGGUGAUACAAUGAGAAAACUGUAACAUCCCCUGAGCUGGUGUGAAUUGUCCAUUCAGUGUCGGACCUAGUGAGACCAGACAGAGCACAGUGAUGGAAGUAACAU